UCAGCUGAACUCACAUCUCCUGCCAACAUGUCCUACAGCUGCUGCUCUGGAAACUCCUCCUCCUGCUCCUUUGGGACAUACCUGUGCUCCCCAAGCUCCUCCUGUGGCUGUUCCUGCCCCAGCAACCUGGUCUACCACACUGACCUCUGUUCUCCCAGCACCUGCCAACUGGGCUCCUCCCUCUCCAGUGGCUGUCAGGAGACCUGCUGUGAGCCCACCAGCUGCCAGACAUCCCAUGUGGUGUCCAGCCCUUGCCAGACUUCCUUUUACCACCAGAAGACCUCCAUGGUCUGUGAUCCUUGCCGGUCAAUUUACCCUGGGUCUCUAGGCUGUGGAUCCAGCAGAAGUUACUGCCUGGGCUGUGGAUCACUUGGCUUCAGACCCCUGGGUAAUGGAAUCUGUGGCUUCCCUUUCCUGGGCUAUGGAUCCAGAUUCUGCCACCUAACCUACUUGGCUUCUAGGAGCUGCCAAACUUCUUGUUGCCAACCAACCUGCAGAUCUGUCUUCUCCCACCAAUCAUCUUGUUAA